UCAGUUUAAAUGUGAAUGGACGAGUUUCGUUUUUUCACGUAUUCUCUUCCUGGAUCAGAUGACAGAUUUAUUGAAAAGUUAAACAGUGUCAGUGACUCUAUUAAUAAACAGAAAGUGAUAAAUCCCCCGUGGGUGGCAGCUCUCGGGCAGUCUCCUGUCCGACAGAUUGCAGUCGCCUCCAGUCAUGUCGCAAUUCUUCUAGAGGAUGGCAGAAUCUGCCGAAUUGCGUACUCAUUGAAUGUCGAACACUUGGAGUCUAACAAAAAUGAUUCUAAGAAUUUAUGGUCGACGAAGAAGCCUAAAAAGAAGAGUGCUCGCCUCAUCGGAGGAAUCACUGGCGCCGAGAGGGUGACGUACAGACGCAAUGUGACGUCAGCAACAAUUGGAUCUAGCUCCAAUACCGGGACAUCUGGUGGCGGUAGUGGGGCUCCUUCGAGACCUGGACGUCCGAACUACCGGAACCUCUUCAUGAGUAAUGUUCCCAUUAUGGCUCCGUCUCAGGUACCAGAAGACCUCAUCGUGCAGGUGCAGAACGUUUUGCAGGGAAAGUCUCGCAGUUUGAUAAUCAGAGAGCUACAGAGGACGCAUCUCGAUGUGAACUCUGCCGUUAACAAUUUGCUAUCGAGAGAUGAUGACGAUGGAGACGACGAUGAAGUCGGGGACCUAUUUGCCGACGAUUUGAUGUCAUUCGUAGAGAACAACCUAUCGGAGAGGGCAGGAAACUAUAUUCUAGAAUCUGACCAGAUGUUGGUCGAGGACUAUCUAAACUAUGCAACAGCAUAUAGGUCCUCAUCUUCGAGUGCCAGCGCGGGACGACAGCGGCUGAGUCUGAGAAACGAGAUCCUGAGAUCUACGGGAAUCACUUCCAACAGCGGAUCGGGAUCUCAUGGAGCUUCAGGAGUCGGUGGCGAACGUGCGUCUGGGAACGCACCAUCAGGUAACGCUUUGACCCAGGAUAAUUCUGGGGCUGAUAGCAACACUUCUUCUAGAGAUGACUUUGGUAGACGGUGGCUUGAGGCCCGACUACGGGACCCCUUCACCGCUCACUUGACUUCGACUACAGUGUCUGCUGCAGGUGCUAAUUCGGGUGCUGCAAAUUCGGCUUCGGCCGCCGGUGUUACGGGAGGAGCGACUGAUGCCUCAGCUCAACCCUGGGAGUUGAGUGGUAUUUCUGGGAGAGGGAAAACGGUGACUAUUGGAGCGGGGGAGUACGCUGGAAGUACAGACGCUAUAACCUGGGAAGAACCGGAGUGGUUUAUACUUCUUCCAGAUGCCGUGAGUUCGCCUCCUCCGAAGUUCGUACAGAUAGCAGCCAUGCACUCAGAGCUAGUUGCGUUGUGCAAGAAGGGCCAAGUUUAUCAGUGGAAAUGGAACGUCUCAAUGCCAUUCGUCCAUCCAGAUAUUGCGGACGUGCACCACCCGCGGAUCGCUCAUUUGGAAUUACAAAAUGAUGUCAUAUUAUCUUUGGCUGCCAGUUCUCUCAGGUGCUCAGUACUAACUCAGAGCGAAAGAGUCGCCACUUGGAUGGACCCAGUGGUUGCCAGCUACUGUUCCAAACUCGAACACGGAGCUAUCCCGGUCUACGAUACGGCCUCGUUUGCCCAGCAGCCUUUCACCACUUCGUUCAACGGGGCAGGAGAGUUGAUUAAGGAGUUGAAAGUGUGUGAUUUGUUCACAGUUGCUGUGGCGAGUUCGGGAAAACUGUUUUGGUGGGGAGUGGCUCCGUUUGCCCAGAGACGCAAACUUCUUGAAAAACAGGCCGCAAGUAAAAAUGGAAGGUAUUCAUCUCUAAACGACGCCCUGACUCGAGACAGUCAUUUGCAGAGCCAAGUUCCAAUCACGGAGGGAUGUAUGGUGACGAAAAAGAAAAGCCCUAUGUACCAUGCGGGUGCCAUCGGCUUCUGUGAUGCAACCUACCCGCCUAAAGUUGGACAGCUGAUGGAAGAUAUAUGGAACCUGGACGCUAAUUGCAGGUUCAAAAUUCUUCCUUUGGAGAAGAAACGAGAUGACUGCAAGAAAACUGAGAUGCUCCCUCCUCCCAGUCCAGUUUCUGUGGGCAGUGAAGGCAGCCACAAAUCAACAUCCAGAAAGCGAAGGCGAAGUGUGAGUCCACACCCAUUUGCUCAGAUGGAAGAGGAGAUUGAAGAGUUCUGGAACCCUAAGAACGUCGUGUUCCUCGAGGACUCCCAGAACAUACCCAUCGGAACAGUGUUAAAGGUUGAUGGAAACAUGGCACUGGUGAAAUUCCCGAGUGAUAAACAGCCGGUAGCAGCUGUUACCGUCUGCAGCAUGAACUCGGAGAACUCAAACCACUCCACCACUGAAGACCAGAACAGUCUGCUCAAAGACUGUCGCCUCUUCCACAAAUCCGAUCUCCAGGCACUCAAGUCAAACUCCAUGCCCAAGUUCAUGGACUGUGUACAGUGUCAUCCUAAGAACAUAUUCAGCAAUGCGCCCUCGAUGGAGAAAUUCAACAUUCUGUCUGUGGCUGUCGACUGUAAAGGUGUACAUGUGGUGACAUCUGCUUCCCAGUUCAAAUUCUACUACUGCAUCAUUGAGCCCAGUUCUGGGUUUGUAGAGGAGAGACGCUCUUUCUUCACUGACUUGCCAGCAUUCAUAGGGUUGAAGACUCCAAUCAACUUGCAAACCGGACCAGAGGAUCCUGGGAGAUUAAUGAUGGAUGGAAAUGGCUGCCUGUACCCCUUGUGCAAAGACGACGCAGGUCAAAUGAGAGAACCAGCUACUCUGAACAUGCUCCCUGUCAAAACGGCAGCUAUGGGGACCCACCAUGUCCGAGAGGGCACUCCGUCUGUUAACAGAGUUCUUCUCACAGCUUUUGUGACUAAAUCGAGUCCAACCAUGUCAGCCGUGCUCCAGUGUAACCAGAAUUCAGUCGAAAUGAGACUCGCAGAAUACGAGCAAAAUCCAGAGAAAGAAGGACCGGUGAUUGUCGCGGAGAGAUGUGACGGAAAUAGAAACAUUAUCCACGCAUUAGUGUCGAUCGGGCGUCCCACAGCAAAUACGAAUCAACAAUCAUCUUCAAACAGUGGUAAUACUAAACACAAAGAUGAUUCAAGUUCGACGAGUAACAGACAAAGUGGAAACCAGUCUAGUUCAGAUCACAACACGAACUCUUCAGGACCUGUAACGUCGGCAGCAUCCGCGAUUCUGCAGACACCAAUUGACGCGGAUCGAGUCAUAUCUCAUUUUGAGCAACAAAGUGCAGCCGCGACUACCGCGGCUCAAAGCGGGACGACAACAUCAGCAUCUUUGACUGCGGCGACCAAUGCGCUUCAGAAUGGAGCUGAGAUUCUCAGGAGGCUGAGAGAGGAAAUGAAUGCUGCGACUGAGGCUGCAAGAAGACAGCUGUCUAUGCCAGCAGGUGCUUUCGAUGCAAUACCCACUAUAGCUUGGCCGCCAGAUCCGCCAGCCUAUGAAAAUAUUCCACUGUCUACAGGGUCUCUUAUUGAUAUUCCAAUCUCGGCGCCGACAUCCAGAACCAACAUUGGUCCCAUUCUGAACAGUGCAAUAACAUCCCUAAGCAACACUCACACGACAUCGAGUUCAAUUGGAAACACGACUACAGUCACCACUAAUUUAACUAGCCGAGCGGUCGCUAGUCAGAAAGACAGUUCGGCCACUCCGAGCACAGAUGAAGAGAGACAGAAAGCGGCUCUGAAGAUCCUCAUCACUUUGCUCACUUUCAGCCGAGGAAAUUUUGAGAAGAGACUUGUGGAGUUGCUGUCGCUGCAAGACGGACGUGGAAUGACGCCCCUAAUGUUGGCGAUUAAUUUGAGAGCUUACAAUAUGGCCAUGUUGAUUUUCAAUGCAGCCAAACGAUUGGCGACUAACAAAUUGACGAAAAAACUUGACGAGGAAGUGUUAAUGAGCAUGGUGUUCCCACCAGCUUGUGCUGGAAAAUCCCGCCAAGUAUCUUCAAUUUCGUCUCGAAGCCAACUGCUCCGAAGAGACGAUCCCGACUACUCGCCCCUGUACAUGCUAUGUGGAAAUGAUAACUGCAGUUUCACAUGGACUGGCAAUCUUCACAUUAACCAGGACAUUUUUGAAUGCAGAACUUGCGGUCUACAUGAUACGUACUGCUGCUGCACGGAAUGUGCUAAAACGUGUCAUAAAGGUCAUGAUUGCAAACUGAAGAAAAUAUGGCCGACAGCUUAUUGUGAUUGCUGGCGACGAGGACGAUGCUGCGCCCUAAUCGAGGGAGAUCAAAAGGCAAGAUUUGACUUAUUGGUCGAGUUGCUGCAACAUACAAAUUUAGCUGCAGUGCCGAACAGAAAAGGCGAGCAUUUGUUGCUUUGUCUUGUAAACACAAUUUCUCGGCAGAUGUUGGAACAAUCCGGACUGUCGAAGAGUAGCGUCAGCCUAGGCGUUUCGGGAAGCAACGGCAGUAAGAGUAACAGGAACAAUCCAGUGGAGACUGAGAAUCUGGAUGGAAUGCCAGAUCACAAUUUGGAGCCCCCGAAGUUCUGUCGAAUGGCCUUGUGCCAAACGGUUGUUAACUGGAAAGCAGUUUCCUCAUUGAUGCUGCAAAAUGCAAAUUCGCCCGCUGUAGUCAGUGACGAUACGACGUCAUCUGCAACUGGACCUGGGCUUUACGAUGACCUCUCGCCGAUGCAAAGCUCAUAUUUGAAGAGUCAAACUGGAUCUGCGAAGCUCGACGCUUUCACGUACAAAUUGAUUGUGAAGUGCAAAAAUGAAACUGGUUUUGUGACCUUGGAGAAAUUGUGUGAGACUCUCUUGGCACAACUGAAGAAAGCGAAUGGGAACCCGGAAACGCUUCUGGUUGUGAGGAGAUUUGUGAGAUCUGUCUGCAGAGUAUUCGUAGUUCUCAGCAUGGAGACUCAGAAUUCGAAAAAUAAAGUGAUCUCUUCGGAGCCACUUAGGAAGUGCAAGACGGUGUUCCGCAUGUUGAUGGGAGUGGCGAUUGAGGAGUUGAUCGAGACUGCCGACUGUCUCCUGGCCCCUGUCAGAAUGGGCAUCUCCAGGCCUACACGUCCCUUCAUGUCUCUUAGCACAACCGACGAAAAACAAGGUAGUGCAGAGUUGUUCUCGAUUGAGCCGCUUCCCGCCAGGAGACACGUGACUGCGGAGGAGAGUGCAGCGGCUGCUGCUGCUGCUAAUACUGGAGGGGCAAGUGGUAGUGGGGGUGGAGUCUCCUCUAGAGUGCAGUCGAGGAAUUUGAAUGUGACAGUGGAACGAAGUGCUUCUCGGGAUCGCAGUGAUGAGACACGACAUCCUGGAAGACCCUUUGGCGAUCUGACUGGAUCCAACCGAAACCCAGAAGAAAACAUCCCUGGAUUGGGAAUGCACCAACAGGACCCGAGAGACAGCUUCGGAGGCCGAGUUGGAACUCAUUCGGGUCCGGGAGAGGGCGACAUCAGUUUCUCAGAUGGAAAUGAAGGUGUCGUGUUCGGAAGCAGCUCAGGUGGACCAGGAGGAGUAGUGAAUAGUGGGGGAGGUGUGGGAGGGGGACUGAGUCGAGGAGGAGUGUUGCAAUUGGAUGACUUCAACGACGAGCAUGACUUGGGAGACAAUGAUGAUUUGGACGAUGACGGACACGGAAGCUCAGCUGAUGGCGGAGUGGGAGAAGAUGACGUCACAUUCGAAGUGGACAUGAUGGAAGAGGAGAGUGAUGGUGUGGACAACAGCGAAGAGGAGGAGGAAGACGACGAUGAUCUGGAUGUGCCGAGUGGGGGCGAGGAACAACACCACAUGGUCCACGUGGACCAUACAAGUGCAACGCACAAUCCGAAUCAAGGCCCAAUCAACAGGUCGGCAGGUGUAAAUGCAUCGAAUCCUACCACUCUAGAUGCUAUGGCGAGUCCACCCCACAAUUUACACGGGAUUGCGGACAUUACUGAGCCGAUGAGUCCGGAUGGCGGCAGACAGUCGCGAGUGGACGGCGGAGGUGCCGAGUUGUACUUUUCGAGUGGUGGGAUUGGUGCUAACAAUGGACCGCCGGGCACCCGAGAGCGGCCCAUAAUUGGAGGAGCAUCAGAUGGAGGAGUGAUGUCGGAUGGCGAAGAGUCGCGCUCCUCCUCUCAAGACGAUGAGUCGGAAGUCGGAGCCGACCAAGGUCACAGAGGUGAAAACGAAAUAAUGGACGACCUCUAUCUUACUGAAUCGACAUUGGAUGCUGCAGUCGCAGAUAACAUGGCGAGCUCGCAUGCAAAUUCAAAUCAGCAUCAAACCAGCAGAAAUGUUCCGGUUGCAAUCCAAUGGGCCGUGGGUGGUCAACCGGUGGCUGUUCCGGCACCGCCGACGCGAGGAAUGAUUUACGUCGAUCCUUCAACUAUAAGGCGAGGGGGUGUAUCAAACGCGGCAGCGGUUGCCGCAGGUGCUGGAGGAUCUCUAGCCGCUGCUGCUGUAAACCUUGGAGCGGGAGUUCCAGGGUCCUCUUUGAGUUCAAGUGCGGCGGCUGAGAAUACGUGUUCGUCUACGGCUACGAAUGUGUCGUUGUCCAGAGCCUUCAGUCUGAUCAUGCGGUCGGUGACUGAAUUGGUCUUUUUGGCAUCUGAAGAGGAAACGGACGGAGGGUAUAUGACUCAACAGCAAUUUGACGCCUUGCAGGAAUAUGUUGACAAGCGUCUCUACAUAACGUGGGAAUGGCUCUCAUGUGUUCUGGACUCGGCUGAAGCCCAGUUGAGAUUCGGAUCUGCCCUCAUUAACAGCACAGAUACAACUCAUCCUAUGCAUCCUCUGAACCUAAACCAGCGCCGAGGCACAAACUCAACAAAUGGACCCAACUCGAACUCCAACUCCUCCUCCGAAUCAAACUCGAUUUCAAACUCGCGAAGAGCUUUUGAAGGUGGAGUUUCAAGGUCGUCAAGAGCUGCACAGCAAGAUAGCUCAGCGGCCAGGAAAGAUUUUCUAAACUACAUUUUAUCUCUAAUGCGAUCUCACUCGAACGAACACGCCGACUCUUUGCCAGUCAUUGAUAUCUCGGCUUUCAAACACAUUGCAUACGUUCUGGACGCUAUGAUAUAUUAUUUGAAAAACGGAAAAGAAGCGGUUAUUAAAUCGCAAGAUGUAAAUUUGGUCGGACCUAACGGAGAAACUAACAGCGUCAACGAGGAAACGGAAGAUUAUGACCAAGAAGACGAUUCUCUUGAUGAAGCUAUUUUUGUGGGACUUACCACCGGCUCGAGUUCAAUCGAUGAUUUCACGCCCUCUGAAGCAGUACCUUCGAAGAAAGGGUUCUCGUUCUUCAGACGAAGUCCGUCUACUCUUUGUCUAGGAGCUACAUCGCCGGAUCCCUUCAACCUCACUUACGCAGAGGCACUACCACUAGCAGAAAGACCUCAGCUUCUUACGCCGCAUGCUAGCAAAGAGGAAAUGUUUGGUCCUGCUAGAUUUGACGAAGCAUUUACGUUGGAUCGAAACCAAACCGAAGGCUCAAAUGAUACGAUUACGAUUAAAAGAAAUGAAGUGGAAAUUGUGCCUCUUCAAAUGGGAAUGGACGAUCGAAUUGAGAGUAGCUGGGAAGGAUUGGCGGGGACAGGGGAAGGAGACGGCAAUGAUAGCGCCACUGAAAACAUGGAUUCCCAGGAUGCUUCAAUUGGACGCACUGGUGCUAUGUCUCCGGAGUAUCUUCUCUUUUCGGCCAACUCAGCUGGCGGAGCUGGACGCACCUCAAAUACAAAUAGUGACACCGAAAGUGCAGAAGUAGGAGAGAACGAAGAUGACCUUGAAACAGGAGCACUGGAUAUGUCCAGCUCUACUCUGAAUGCGGCCGAGGCCGCCGAACGACAAGUUCACGGAGAUGAAAGUGUGCCACCGAAAGCAGCCGGUCGCAACUCGGUGAUUGAUAGCUCAACUUGGAUGGACGACAAUGUUGCGGGGUCAUCUUCAAGUGGUCCGGGGUCGUCGACGCCUAAUAGGGACUCUCAGAUAACAGGACCGCAUCCCAUUCAAGAUGCUAUUGAGGAAGUCACAACUUCGGUGGCAGAAAAUGUGACAGAUUUUACUUACACCCUUAGAAAGCUCCCUAGGGUUCCCAAAGUUGUGGAGACGAACUUCAAUAGAGACGUUUUACUAGGUCGCUGGUCUCAUUCUCUGGAACUGUUCGGUAGGGUUUUCAUUGACGACGUUGGUGCGCAACCAGGAUCUUUGUUGGCAGAGAUUUCGUCAUUCGAUGUCAGAGAAGCCAGGUUCAAGAAAGAAAUGGAACGAAUAAGAAAUAGCCAAACAAGAGAUCUUGCAUUAGACGUCGAGCGUGACCGCAGCCAGCUGAUUCUGCAAACCAUGAGACAGCUGAAUUCACAAUACUCGAAACGCAGCUCCUACCCUGGACAACCUCUGGCUGUUCACAAGGUUAAGGUUACAUUCAAAAAUGAACCAGGAGAAGGAACCGGGGUAUCCAGAAGCUUCUACACAGCAAUUGCGGAAGUUCUUUUGACGAAUGAAAGACUCCCGAAAUUGGACUCCCUGAGUGCCGCGAACAAUAGCACUCCUAUGAGCAGAAUCAGGAAAGUGCGAACGAGUAAUUUGCCCUCGUCCGCUAACUUUUCUAGUCAAAUGUCAUCGCUAGAAAGAAGGUCUGCAGCGGCUGCUUUGAUCUUAGGAUCAUCAAAUGCUCUGUCGAACAAUGCAUCGGCUGCUGGAAGUCAGAGAUCGGCGCAAGGAAUUGGAUCUCAGUCGACCGCAGGGGCUACUAACGCGGCAACUGUGGCGUCCACGGGUCAUUCUAGUUCGACUAGUGCUUUGAGUGGCGGAGGCACUGCUAAUUUGACCUUAAAUGUGAAUGCCCCACCGUAUGUUCCCACUCAAAGGGAACUGGAUGAAAAUUCUCUCAAGGCUACAAUUUAUGGAGUUGUGUUGGCUCUACAGCCGACACAUGGGAGCAAAAUAACAGGAAUGCUUGUGGAACUGGACAGAAGUGUUCUGACGCAACUGAAAAACGAUCUGGAGCUCCUUCAAGAAAAAGUAGAUGAAGCUGUCGGACUAAUAAUGAGCUGCUCAGGCCUGAACUCCUCGGUAAACCCGACAUCCAAGUCGGCUGCAGACGUGCUCGGUGGUGCUGCAGCUCCUGAUGAUGACGAAAGUGCGCCACUAUUUUACCAACCUGGAAAAACCGGAUUCUAUUCUCCUAGACUGGGAAAAUGUACGAAAGAGAGACUGGAUGUGUUCAGAAAUGUGGGAAGGUUGAUUGGCUUGUGUCUGCUGCAGAAUGAACUGAUCCCGCUUCCGUUGAACAGACACGUGCUCAAGUAUAUUCUUCACAAAGAGCUCUCGUGGCAUGACUUCGCCUUCUUUGACCCCGUGACUUAUGAGAGCAUGCGGAAGCUGGUGCUAGAUGCCAUGGACCCUGCAGCCGCCGAAAUGUUCAAGGAACUGAGUCUGAGCUACUCUGUGGUUCUCUGUCGGGAGGAGGGAGGGGGCGAAGUGGAGUUAGUGCCCAAUGGGGCCAAGUAUGACGUCACUCCGAAGAAUGUGUUCGAUUUUGUGAGGAGGUACUGCGAGUACAGAAUGAGACAGUGUAUGGAAAAACCACUAAGGAUGAUCCGUCGAGGUGUGUACGAAGUGGUGCCACCAAGCGCUCUUAGUGAUCUGACAGCCGAGGACCUGAGACUUCUGUUGAACGGAACCUCGACAAUCGACCCAAAACAGCUCUCGACAUUCACUAAUUUCAUAGACGAAACUGGAGGCGACGACCCUGAGAAAAUUAAGAAGUUCAAACGAUCUUUCUGGACUGUAGUUGAAAAAAUGAGCCAGAAAGAGUUGCAGGAUCUCAUGUAUUUCUGGACCGGAAGUCCAAGCGUACCUGCUAGCGAGGAAGGAUUCCAACCGAUGCCAUCGAUUACUCUUAGACCGGCUGAUGACAACUAUUUCCCAUCUGCAAAUACGUGUAUUUCACGAUUAUACAUACCGCUCUACUCGUCUAAGAGUCAACUGAAACUGAAGUUGCUCCAAGCCAUACAAGUCAAGUCCUUUGGCUUCGUGUGAGAAAAGUUUGAGCAACAUAACAUGAAGUCAAUAGUCACCGAGAUAAACUUUAGUCGAAUAGUUUUGGUUGAUAAUUCAAACUCAAUAAAAGUUUUUCGCAACAUUAAGACUGCACGCAUCAAAUUUGAAGGAGAUCUCAUUGAUUUGUGUAUUCUGCUUAAAACAAUACAAAUGAUGACUUAUGCUGAAUACGUUAUGUUUUAAAGGUGAAAGUGCACGAUAUUAUUACAUGCAAAUGAUGAAAAUAAUCUGAUAAUUUUAAGAAUAACAUCUUGCACUUAGCAUCAGUUGUGUAGAGGUUGUGGAGCUAUGUCAUGAAUGUACUGCAAUUUGUUUACCAUCAGAAGUUAAAUUUA